AUGGUCAGCAACCAGGAAAAAAUCGAAGCAAAAGAAUAUGCUCAUCAUCUUAAACUACUCAAGGAUGAUCCAACUGGCCGUGAUCGAGAUAAUCAACAAUAUAUUACACCGGUUUUCACAGCUCCACUUCGAAACCAAAUCGAGCAGUAUGGAUUGAUAGCCGGACAAUGUAGCAUUCUUGCCAAUAGUGAAAAUAGGAAGGAUCCACGGCUCUUCUAUAACAUAGCUGCACCUUUCAGUACAUUCAUUUGUGGCUCCCAAGGAAGUGGAAAAUCCCAUACUCUGUCAUGCCUUCUGGAGAAUUGUCUUGCGAAUUCAUCCGUUAGUAAGGUGAAGAAACCUCUAUCGGCAUUGUUGUUUCACUAUGAUGCAUUUAUUGGCGAUGUGAAAGGGACCCCUUGCGAGGCUGCUUACCUUGCAAGCAAUCCAGACAUAAAAGUUCGAGUUUUAUGUCCUCCGACCAAUUUUAGAACCAUACAACGCACGUACAGUGCUAUUAAGGGUGUUAACAUUCAAGAACUUUGCAUCGACGAAACUGAUCUUACAACGCAAAGAAUGUUGAGCUUGAUGGCCGUCAAAACGUCAGAAGAAAUGCCGCUCUAUCUGCAUAGUAUCACUAGAAUCUUACGGGUUCUCCGAAUUGCUCACCAAAUCAGCGGAAAGCCUUUUCAUUAUGGAGAAUUCAAGAAGCACCUUGAAGAUCUUCGGUUGACAACUGGCCAGGAAGGACCGCUCACACAACGAUUGGACACACUAGAAAGCUUUAUGCCAAUUGAGCAGAGGAAAGCUAAGUCUCCUGCUCCUUUGAAAAGGGGUAAAGGAACCGAUUGGAGCAUAAAGGCAGGAGAACUUACUAUCGUUGAUCUUUCAUGUCCUUGUGUGACUGUUGAAGCUGCAUCAUCUCUCUUUAACAUGUGUCUCUCACUAUUUCUAGAAGAGAAAUCCAACAUUGGGAAAGUCGUUGCCCUUGAUGAGGCCCAUAAAUAUAUGUCGAAUAGUACAGGAGAUGCCUUGACCAGUAAUUUAUUAUCCACAAUUCGUCUCCAACGCCAUUUAGGUACACGGAUUUUUAUUUCAACACAAGAACCCACAAUAUCCCCUGCACUUAUCGAUUUAUGCUCCAUGACUAUUGUUCAUCGCUUUUCCAGUCCUGAAUGGCUCAAGUGUCUUCGCUCACAUGUUGCCGCACUGCAUAGUUCAGGAUCCAAUUCUCAGGAUGUUGAGUCAAUGAGAGGAGAUGUGUUCAAGGAAAUUGUAACAUUACGAGUGGGUGAAGCAUUAUUGUUCGCACCCGAAGCAAUGAUCUACAAGGAUUGUGAUAUGAUCAACUUAUCACCCGGAGAUGAAUCUGUCGAUACGAUGAUGUUGAGCAUCAAUGGCGAGAGUAGUAAAAGUUCAAAGAAAAAGGGGAAGGCGAUCGAGAGAGAUGAUGGAAAUUAUGGACAAGCGUUGAGAAAGUUGGGAACUGAUUAUGUUAAGAUAAAGGUGAGAGCUAGGCUCACUAAUGAUGGUGGAAGGAGCGUUUUAGCUGCUUGA